AAGCAGAUGUUAAGCAUAUUGAAAUCCCCUCCAGGAAGUAUCGCCGAAGGUACCCGUCAUGUACGGUACGUAUACCACCCCCAGACCACCCAGCUGAUCGGGACUCUAGUUGACUCAAGUUGGAAUAGUAACGGGUCAAUAGACGGAAGGCAAAAGGGUAUAACCGCGGCAGCGCCAACUACCUAAAGGGGAGCCCUAUCACCUCAUUCAACUACAGGCUGAAAUAGAGAAAAUAGUGGAUCCACCAGUGUUGAAAGGCCUCGGUUCUCACCAGUUCAUUUUUUUUUACUUGGCUUCACUUGACUUCACCCACGGCUCUACCCAAAGAGAUAAGGGAAGUGUCACUAUGGCUUGGUUAGUCGCCGUCACCUGCUUCGGAAGAUUGCCGAAGACCAGUUUUAAGUGAAUCACAAUCGAAAUCAGAACAGACGGGAUGUGGAUUUUAUUCGUGAAUCGCUAAAGCAGUGAUUGACAUUAGCUUAAUUCAUUCACGAACUUGUUAGAAGCCGACUGGACGCAAAAUGGCUUCUGGGGAUAAUGUGGACACGAUCGAGGUUGUAGAAACGAGUUUUACAGCCCUGGAUCGCGGCACAGAAGAACGCAUCAGAUUCGGAGACACGAAUGAUGACGAAAAUAAAUCAGCUGGGGAUAAAGUUGCAUCUCUGGAAGUUUCUAUCGCCCAACAUGGCUCCGCAGGGCCAAAAACUCCUGCAGGAGUAUCCCGAAACAAAUCGGAAAGAGAACGAAAAAUUGGCCAUCGGAGAGUUGGUGUUGGAGGUGAAAUUACGUAUAAAAAGAUCCAAACGACACAAAUUAUGGGGUCCAUUCAACUUGGGAUCCAACAUGCGGUCGGAGGUCUGGCUAGCAAGCCAGAACGAGAUCUUUUAAUGCAGGAUUUCAUGACUGUUGAAACAACCAACUUUCCUAGCGAAGGAUCUAACCAUACACCUGCCCACCAUUUCUCUGAAUUCAAGUUCAAAAACUAUGCUCCUAUCGCUUUUCGGUACUUCAGGGACCUCUUUGGCAUUCAGCCAGAUGACUUUUUGAUGUCCAUGUGUAGUUCUCCGUUGAGGGAAUUGUCUAAUCCAGGUGCAAGUGGUAGCAUAUUCUAUCUGACCGAGGAUGACGAGUUUAUCAUAAAAACUGUUCAGCAUAAGGAAGGCGAAUUCUUACAGAAAUUGUUACCUGGAUACUAUAUGAAUCUAAACCAAAACCCGCGAACAUUGCUUCCAAAGUUUUUUGGCUUGUAUUGUUAUCAAUGCAAUAGUAAAAAUGUUAGGUUAAUAGCAAUGAAUAAUCUGCUCCCAUCAAAUGUAAAAUUGCAUCAAAAAUAUGACUUGAAAGGGUCAACUUAUAAAAGAAAAGCUUCUAAGUCAGAAAGAUCGAAGUCAUCCCCAACUUACAAAGAUUUGGAUUUCAUGGAACAUCAUACAGAGGGUAUUUUCUUGGAAGCUGAUACUUAUGGAGCCCUCGUUAAAACCAUUCAACGAGACUGCAGAGUGCUGGAAAGUUUCAAAAUUAUGGACUACUCUUUGUUAGUUGGAAUUCAUAAUCUGGAUCAGGCGGCAAGAGAAAAAACUGAACAAAGAUUAUCCGCGAGCGCCGACGAAGAAGCUGGUGAAGCGGGAUUCGAUGCCAAUGCGCUUAUACAUGCCGAAAGGGAUAGAGAAAGAGAAGACAGAAUCGGAGCUGCUGCGUUAAACAGGUCUCGAAGUAUUAAUCGACAGAGGCUUGUCGCGCAUAGUACUGCAAUGGAAAGUAUUCAAGCCGAGAGUGAACCCAUCGACGACGAAGAUGACGUACCCAGUCCGGGCGGUAUCCCUGCAAGGAACGCAAGAGGCGAACGUCUUUUACUUUUUCUCGGUAUUAUCGAUAUACUGCAGAGCUACAGACUCAAGAAAAAACUCGAGCACACGUGGAAAUCCAUGAUUCAUGACGGGGAUACAGUUUCCGUGCAUAGACCUGGUUUCUAUGCGCAACGCUUUCAAGAUUUCAUGGCCAAGACAGUUUUCAAGAAAAUUCCAUCACUGGACCUGCCUGAGAUUAAGGGAAAUCAUCGCAAGUUCCGUAACCUGGUCACCAGCUACAUAGCUCUGAAACAUUCCCCAUCAAAGAGAAAAAGCAUAACAAGGCCACUCAGACCCCUGGAAGGAGAUUUUGAUUCCACUGCGGUGGCAGCAUCUGGAAGUUCUGCAGUGCAUGUUACAUCACACUCCAAGCCUGCAAGCCCCACCGAGUUGCCCGCCUCAUCCGUAGUUAUUUCUUCCGCUCCCGCCAUAUCUACAACUUCCAUUCCGAAUGCAACAUCAACUCCGAUAAAUAUACCCAGCGGUGGCGGAGCGAUGAGUCCUCCGCCGCUUAUCUUCAGCGCUGCGGGUGAGACCAGCCCACGAGAGACGGCAAAUUUCAACAAGUCAAAUUACCCGGCGGUGCUGAAGGGCAGAGGCGGUGGGGCGAGUCCUCCUAAUCCAAAUCUUGUCCCUUCCGGAAAGAUCCCUCCACCGGUUCCUCCCAGAGGAUCCAUUUCCGGGAGAGGUAAAGUCGACGAUCACCGAGGCACACCGGCAGCUACCACCAGCGGCUCCAGUCGAGGUGGCACCCUCUCCUCUACAUGUUCCACCCCACCCCCGCCAUUCGAUGAUGCCGUUACAUCAAAUGACACAACGUUAGCCUCAGGUGGUCACCACAUUCAUCAUGGUACAACGACGAUUCUUACCAGCAGCUUGAGUUCAACUCACUCCAGGCAAAACAAAGUAGUUCAUCAUGUUACACUUACAAAAACCUAUCAUGACGCCGUUAGUAUAUCGGACGUGCAUUUAGAAAGCAGCGGCAGUGGCAGUGGCAGUGCCGGGCGUGAGACAAAAUCUUCAUUGAGCGUUGAAAGUGGAGGAAGUAGUCGAGGUGGAGGAGCUUUGACAUGGACACCGCCUACGGGUAGCGUCGAAGGUUCUACUCCGACCUGGACAGAGGGAACACCUUCGUUUACAGAGAGUUCGAGUAGCGGAGAUUUAGGAUGUCCAACAACUCCGAUCAGAAGCGGACUUACGGGAAAAGAAGAUGGCCGGCUAGUCGCAACUGUCGAAGAAGCUUUGGCUAGCUUAACAUCGGAAAUGGAAAUUCUGCAGCGGGAGUGAAAAUGUUGCAUAGCUUCUGGGCCCGGCAUUGGACAAAUUUUGCAGCACUGAUCACUCUCCGAAUAUUCUUCGCCAUAGUUUUAAACGAAUAGCUAACGUUAGAGGGAGAGAGAGACCAAAAGUUUCACCAUUUAAAAAUUAAUCUGAGGUAUUCAAUCAUUUGAAACUAGCAAAAGAUGGCGGCUCUCCUAGAAAGAAGAUAACAACCGUUGUCUCAACGGUUGCGUUUUCCGAUGUUUUUCCGUUAGUGAAUUACUGGUUUUUCAUGUGGUAAGAAAGAUUUUUUCUAGGAGCUUGCGGGGUCUAGACAGAUUAGCCCGUUCAGUUUAUUGUCACAAUUGACAACAACAUGGGAAAAGAUAAUACAACCGUGUAAAUAAUUAGUUAAUGGUAUAACAAAACUAAGAACUCUUGUUGUAAUUUACAAUUUCCAAUUAUAAUAUGAUAGUUGAAUGUGUGUCUGUUGUAUAUCAUAAAAUCACUUAUCAUCGUUGUACAAAACGAGAUAUUGUAUAUUUAAAACUAUCGCGAACAUCUUAAUAAAAGAAGAGCAGAAAAGCAAAAAAUGAAAAAGAGAAGGAAAGGCGCUACGACGUGACAUGAACGAAGAAAAGAAAAUGAUAUUAAUAAUUCUGUACACGUUUUGAAAGCCAAAAUGUUGUUCAACGAUUCUUGUUAAGAUAAUUCAUGUUUGCGGCUAAAAUAUCACUGCGGAAAAAAUCAUAACUUGACAUGUUUAGCUUUAUCAUUAUCACAACGUAGAAGAAUUUUUCAUUUUGAGGAAUUGCUUAAAAAAUAUACACAUGUAUUGUAUGUGUACUGUACCUACAUACGCGUAUGAUAUAUUAACUUAUACGUAUAAUAUUGGAGAAAAAUUCUAGACCAGAGACUUCGUCUCAGGUCACACAGUAUUUGUUAAUCAUAUUUAUUUAAAGUGUUGUUACUAAAUCAGUAUUUGGCUUGUUGCUACAAUCAUUGCUGGAUAACGAGUGUCCAGAAUAUAGUGAUGGGGAAAAAAAGGAAAAUAACUUCAUAACGAUAACAACAACAACAAUAAUAAAACAUAAUAACGAUCAGAAGCAGAACCUCAGUAUUCAAUUUGUGAAAAGAAUUCUAUCCCUGUGUGCAUAAAAAUAUCAUUCGAUCGAUAUUUGCGGUCCCUCAUGUUUAAAAUGAUCAUUCCUUGCAAUAUCUCUACCCUCCAUACAAUUGCCAGAGAGGGUAAGUGUGUGUGAGAGAGAGGGAGAGAGAGAGAGAGAGGGGGGGGGAUAUUCUUUCGCACCAAAAACCGAUUCAAAUAGAAACCAAAAAGAAGAAAAAGAAUUUUCCGUGUGCGUUAAUCGUUGGUAAUUUGUAUAUAUAAUAUAAAAAAUAUACUCACGCAAAGGUAUACGCAUAAUAAUAGGUAUACUUAUAUUCUGAAAGUUUCUGUCGGCUUAGCUAGUUAACGAUAGCUUUAUUGCUUUUUCGUCAUGUGAUGAUCGUUACGUAAUUAUGAUAUUACGUAAUUAUAUAUUGACAUUAAUGUGAUUAUUAUUAUUUUCAUUGUUGUUGUUGUUAUUAUUGCUAUGAUCAUUGUACCGGUGAUGUUAUUAGAAACAUCCACCUCUUCGGCAGCCAGGCUCCGAAGAAAUUCGAGUGGCUAUUAUUACUUAUUAUGCGGCUAUAAGCUGAUACCGAAAAGAAUAUAUCUCGGUAUCGUCGAAACUUUCGAUUUUUUUUCUACUUUAUAUCACCGAUUAAUCGGAGACUUGAAUCUGCAUUUAAAAUCAGGGAAAUAUUAGUACUUAACAGAGAGGAAAAAGUUUUAUCUCAUUUGUUUUAUCAUUCGAUUCAACUUUCUUUGAAGUUGUUCUUCGAAAAGAUUUGCGAAUCAGGGAUCGCUGUAUCCCUGAAUUCCGGAACGAAUCGCCAGAAGACACACCUUUCAAGUGAUUUCGAAAAGCAAUUGAAACAAUCGAAUAUCUCCGGCGUUAAAUGGGCAUGGGUUUUGAAAGCUUUGUGUUUUUAUAAUAACAACCGAAUAAUAAUAAUACCUAACAAUAAGGUAGUUUUAUAUUUUAUUUUUCUUUCACUCCAAUUACAUUGUUCCGCAUGUUUAGUUUUUGGUUUUCAUCGUUCGUUUUGCCAAGUCUCCGCUCUGCCUUGGCCCUCAAUCUCUACCGUUACUCGUCGCGAGUGUUGACCUCUAAUGUCAAUCGAUAAUCAAACAACCGAUCGAAGUUCAUGACAGAUCACAAAUGGUAAUGGAAUUCAAACACAGUACGAACACGCUAGAACAACGACCAUGUUUCGGGAGUGGAAUCUGUGUCGUACAGCUCUGGUUAUAACAAUGCAGAGAGCUUCGGAAACUUCUCGCUUAUAUGAAUCGAUCGUCGAUCUUUAGCAAAAUUAAAUUUAUCCGUUUUAUUUUCAUGCCUAUUUUACCGUCACAUCCCAAAUCUUAUAGGUAGAUACUGAAAAACGUAUUCGAAUGAAAAAUAGCAACGUUAUACCUAUGUAUUUUACCAUUAACAUCUUCAUCGUUAUUAUCAAAGAUAAAUUUAAAAAUAUCAGUGGCCCUUCUUUUUAUUUUGAUAUUUUUUCCUGUAAUAAUAAUUACAACAAUCAUCAUAAUUAUAAUUACAACAAUAAUACCAACAAUCAAACCGACGAUGACGAUGACGACAAUGACAGCGACAAUAACAAUAAAAUCGUCACUGCGCAUCUUCUUUUUCGUUGGUAAAUUUUACAUCGUUCUCUACAGAACCAAAGAAUAUUUUUCGAAAACUGGUUAUUAUUAUUAUUUCAAGUACAUGGAAGAAUGAAAUCUGAAUUUGAUUUAUUUAGCAAAUAAUGGUUAUUUCAAGAGAAAAGCGAAUAAAAUGACAGUGCGUUUUCAUUUGGUACAUCAGAUUUAUAGAUGUUAUUCAAGCGUCGCGGAAUGAUGUCACAUUUGUCAAAAGUGAAGCGUGACAAGUAUACUUAUAUCAGGAAAUAAAAAUUUGAAAAACCAAACAUUAAGAAAUCAUUGUAUAAACGAUACAUGUAUACCUCGUAGAUAAGUUUCUUUUUUGUUUUUGUUACUGCAACUAGGCUUAUAUUUGAAAAGCGUUCUCCACUAAUUAUAAUCCAAUCAUCAUGGAUUGUCAUUAUUGUGAUUUUUGUUAUUUUUGUAAUUUCUCUGUUUUAAUCAUUUCAUUGAUAAGCUUUCCUUUCCGCCGCUUGAGUCAUAACUUGUUGGUUCGAUGAAAUAUCUAUUUGCUAUUUGUAAGUAAGUCGACAAUGAAUCGAAGAGAGUUUCUUACGAUAGACUAUAUAAAAACUUCCACUUUUUAAAAGGAAUGGAAGGCCAAGCAAAAUAAAUACAAUUUCAAUUCUAUCUUUGCUGUGAUUUUUGUUACGCGGCAAACUUAAUAAAAUAGAAGAACAACAAUUAAUACCUACAUUCUUUACUGCCCAAGAUAAAAAUAUAACACGAACAGACUCGCGAUUUUCUCGAUUAUUUUUACCUAUACCUAUUUUUGAUAUUUUCCUACCCUUUCAGACCCAUCUUUAACCAGAAGAAGAUCCUAUAAUAAAAUGAAAAACAAAUCUUAACAAAAAAGUGAGAAAGAAAGAAGAGCGAUGAAUCGAUAACUGAAGAAAUUACAUCGACAUUUAGAAAUCUCUGAUUAUUAAUAUUAUUACUAUUACUACUAUUAUUAUUAUCAUCAUCAUUAGUAUUAUUAAUAUUAUUGUUAUUCUUCUUUUUCUUUUCAUCGUUAUUGUUGUGAUUAUUGUUGUAAUGAUGAAAGUGAAAUUAUGUAAAAAAAAUUUCGUUCGUUUUAGAUAGAGUACAGUUGAAAAAUUAAAAUAAAUACAUUCCAAUGCGUAAUUUCAUAAAUUUUGACUCGCCCAAUAUAUACAUAGAUGAUAUUUUCUAUUUUUUUCGUCCAUAAAAAAGACAUCAGUAUCAAAUCAUUUUGUGUGACGAUAAUUUAUAUUUCUCGUGGGGCGGUAAUUGAGUAUUUUUCAUUAAAUAGCAGCUGAUGCGACUUUCGGGUAACUGGCUUAAUUUGUCAACGGGUUCAUAUCUCAGAAGUCAAAAUACAAGUUACUCUAACGAUUUUUUUACGAAUUUUUCCAAUGUUGGGUCGGAAAUGAAAAUAUUAUUUUUUCAGUAUAUUCUCAUGUAUUUUAAACUCAGAAAUCUGAAUCCGCUGAUGACAUUCAUUUAUCUAUCAAAUCAAUCCAGUUAUCGCUAAUUUACCUCUUCGGAAAGCAAAAAGAUUGGAAUCGUAGUUCAAUUUGGUAGAUUCGUGAUUAAGAGAUCAACAUACGUAAAUGAGAAAACUGCACAGUAAACAUCUGUGCAAAUUUGUCACAUGUUUUCCGAAUUUUUGAUUAUUUCAGAUUACUCACCGCAUUUCCCAAAGCCCCUGCCAACACCUAACGGUACACUACCAAAGUUACACCAUCUUAAAUUUUCUUCUCGCUUUUUCUUUUUUUUUUGUGCGAUUUAUUUUUGUCUUAUCGUUAGAUUUAGGUGCGUCAAGCUUAUGGCUCCCGCCUAAUCGCUUACGGUCUGAUUAAUUUCAAGCGCUUCGAAAACAUCGAGGAUCUGCUCGGAAAAAUUCUGAAAUUACCUACGUGAGCGCUACUAUACGGAUUCUUUGUGAACUACCUACUUUCCAUAAAAAAAAAUAAAAAUUGAACAUCGCGGAAUGCGGAAGAUAUAGCUUUUGAUUUGCUCCGAUUCAGGGGUUUAAAUUCGAUUCUCCAUUUUUUACCGAAUUCAAAUGUAUUUCGAACUCGCAUCCGAAUCUGCCCAUUAAAUUAGUCCAAUUCUUUGAAUAAUCAUGGAAUCACUCACCAUAUGGUUUCCAUUUGUUCUACGCGUAUCGUUGUGCCUGUUACGAAAAAAACCGUAAAAAUCUGUUGAAAAAGUAUUAAUGGGAUGGAGAAAAAAACACUUGACUUUUUUGAAAUACUGUCUUGUGUUUUAUUGAUUUUUUUCAGAUCCUAAGCUGUUGGUACCAUUAGUAAUACUAUGGGUAAUACAAUUGUCAUCUGGUUGCAUCAUUGCAUGAUAUAAAUAUACUUAUAUACAUACCUAUACAGUUAUAAUUAUUUUUGUUGAGGAAUUUAAUAGAUUUCCUUUUUUUUCUGAUUUUCCUCACUUGCCUUUUCGUAUCUAUUAACUUACACUUGUUCUGUUUCAGUUUCACUACUUUUGUCCUUUCUUUGUCAACAUCGACAUUGAUUAUUCCUUUCCUUUUACGUCAUCAAUAGUAAUUCGUCUAAAACUGCCAAAUAUGUAGAUAUACAAUAAUUUAUAUUGUAUGUACACUUAUAUCAUAGCGUAAUGAGAAAUAUCAGUGACAGUGUACCGUGUAAUUAUGAAAAUGUAAAAUAAAAUAUAACAUUAUAGAGAUUUAUAAAAAA